AUGCUCGAGUGCGUGCGUGCGCGCGAACGGGCAAAGCGACUCCAGGGGGAAAUGGUGCGUUUUCAAUUCAGCUAUAAUCUUCUUUCUUUCUUUCUUCUUUCAUUCUUUCUUUCUUUCUUUCAUUCUUUUUUCUUUCUUUCAGUCAUUCUUUUUUCUUUAUUUCUUUCUUUCUUUCUUUCAUCCUUUCAUUCAUUCUUUUUUCUUUCUUUCAGUCAUUCUUUUUUCUUUCUUUCUUUCUUUCUUUCUUUCUUUCAUUCUUUUUUCUUUCUUUCAGUCAUUCUUUUUUCUUUCUUUCUUUCUUUCUUUCAUUCAUUCUUUCAUUCUUUCUUUCAUUCUUUUUUCUUUCUUUCAGUCAUUCUUUUUUCUUUCUUUCUUUCUUUCUUUCAUUCUUUCAUUCUUUUUUCUUUCUUUCAGUCAUUCUUUUUUCUUUCUUUCUUUCUUUCAUUCAUUCUUUCAUUCUUUCUUUCAUUCUUUUUUCUUUCUUUCAGUCAUUCUUUUUUCUUUCUUUCUUUCUUUCUUUCAUUCUUUCAUUCUUUUUUCUUUCUUUCAGUCAUUCUUUUUUCUUUCUCUCAUUCUUUCUUUCUUUCUUUCAUUCUUUUUUCUUUCUUUCAGUCAUUCUUUUUUCUUUCUUUCUUUCUUUCUUUCAUUCAUUCUUUCAUUCUUUCUUUCAUUCUUUUUUCUUUCUUUCAGUCAUUCUUUUUUUUUCUCUCAUUCUUUUCUUUCUUUUCUUUCAUUUUUUUUUCUUUUUUUCAGUCAUUCUUUUUCUUUUCUUUCUUUCUUUCUUUCAUUCAUUCUUUCAUUCUUUCUUUCAUUCUUUUUUCUUUCUUUCAGUCAUUCUUUUUUCUUUCUUUCUUUCUUUCUUUCAUUCUUUCAUUCUUUUUUCUUUCUUUCAGUCAUUCUUUUUUCUUUCUUUCUUUCUUUCUUUCAUUCUUUCUUUCUUUCAUUCUUUUUUCUUUCUUUCAGUCAUUCUUUUUUCUUUCAUUCUUUCAUUCUUUCAUUCUUUUUUCUUUCUUUCAGUCAUUCUUUUUUCUUUCUUUCUUUCUUUCUUUCUUUCUUUCAUUCUUUCUUUCAUUCUUUUUUCUUUCUUUCUUUCUUUUAUUCUUUCAUUCUUUUUUCUUUCUUUCAUUCAUUCUUUUUAUUUCUUUCUCUCUUUCAUUCUUUUUUCUUUCUUUCAGUCAUUCUUUUUUCUUUCUUUCUUUCUUUCUUUCUUUCAUUCUUUCAGUCAUUCUUUUUUCUUUCUUUCAGUCAUUCUUUUUUCUUUCUUUCUUUCUUUCUUUCUUUCAUUCAUUCUUUCAUUCUUUCUUUCAUUCUUUUUUCUUUCUUUCAGUCAUUCUUUUUUCUUUCUCUCAUUCUUUCUUUCUUUCUUUCAUUAUUUUUCUUUCUUUCAGUCAUUCUUUUUUCUUUCUUUCAGUCAUUCUUUUUUCUUUCUUUCUUUCUUUCUUUCUUUCAUUCUUUCUUUCAUUCUUUUUUCUUUCUUUCUUUCUUUCUUUCAUUCUUUCAUUCUUUCUUUCAGUCAUUCGUUUUUCUUUCUUUCUUUCUUUCAUUCUUUUUUCUUUCUUUCAGUCAUUCUUUUUUCUUUCUUUCUUUCUUUCUAUUUUUCUUUCUUUCUUUCUUUCUUUCAUUCUUUCUUUCAUUCUUUUUUCUUUCUUUUAUUCUUUCAUUCUUUUUUCUUUCUUUCAGUCAUUCAUUUUCUUUCUUUCUUUCUUUCUUUCAUUCUUUCUUUCAUUCUUCUUUCUUUCUUUCAGUCAUUCUUUUUUCUUUCUUUCUUUCUUUCUUUCUUUCUUUUAUUCUUUCAUUCUUUUUUCUUUCUUUCAGUCAUUCUUUUUAUUUCUUUCUCUCUUUCAUUCUUUUUUCUUUCUUUCAGUGAUUCUUUUUUCUUUCUUUCUUUCUUUCUUUCAUUCUUUCAUUCUUUCUUUCAUUCUUUUUUCUUUCUUUCAGUCAUUCUUUUUUCUUUCUUUCUUACUUUCAUUCUUUCAUUCUUUUUCUUUCUUUCAGUCAUUCUUUUUUAUUUAUUUCUUUCUUUUAUUCUUUCAUUCUUUUUUAUUUCUUUCACUCUUUCAUUCUUUCAUUCUUUUUUCUUUCUUUCAAUCAUUCUAUUUUCUUUCAGACUUUCUUUCGGCUGUCAAUGUUCAUUUCUUUCUCUCCUUAUUUCUCUCUUUCAAUAUUUUCUACUUUCCUUUCUUUCAGUUUGUCAAUCUUUUUUUCUUUCUUUCUUUUAGCUUUUCUAUCAGUCUUUCUUUCUUUCAGUCAGUCUUUCUUUCUGUCUUUCUUUCUUUUAUUCUUUCUUUUUCUUUAUAUUUCUUAAAUUCCUCUCUUUUUCUUUAUUCCCAUUUAUUUAAUUUCUUUAUUUCUUCCUUCCUUUACCGUCUUUCUUUCAUUUUUUUUCUUUUCCAUAUCUUUCUUUUUUCUUUUGAAUACUUUCUUUUAUUCUUUCUUUCUUUUCUUUCUUUCUUUCUUUUUAUUUCUUGCCAUAUUUUUCUUUUUUCUUUUUUUUUUCCUUUGCAAUUUUUCCUUGCUUCUUUCUUUUUUUCAUUCUUUCUUCCUUUUUUGUAUCUCUUUCUUCUUAUUGUCCAUUCUUUUUUUAAUUUUUUCGUUUCUUUUAUUCCCAUUAUUUAUUUCUCCUUCUUUCUUCCCGUCUUCCUUACUUUCUUUCUCUCUUUCUCUUUUUCAAUCUUUUCUUCUUUCUUUCUUUUAACCUUUCUUUCAGUCUUUCUUUCUUUCUUUUUGUUAUUGUUAAUUGAAUUUUCACGGGCCGUCCGGCUGGUCGACCACUGUCAGCACCAUUCUAGUUCGAUGCCCUGUUCGAUCGGUGCGGACGCAAUUGAAUACGUGUGUCAUCUGCGGAUCCCGUCGUCCCGCGAAUGGGCACCCAAAACGAUUGCGAUAACGCUGCCGCACUACAAACGCUCCGGAUUCGUUAGUCGACGGCGGUAA